AUGACGGCCGUCGAAUCUCUCCCCCUUUCCCUCUCUCAACAGAGCCUAGUCAAGAUGGAAGAUCGCAAGAGACCCUCGCCUUAUGAUUCCAUCGACUCUGCUCCUCCUCUCAAGCGACAAGCCACCCAGGCGAAUGGCGCGUCCAAAGCCCACAAGGACGAUGACAUGCCGUGGAAAGAUGACCUCGAAAGAUUCCAGAAAGACGCCAUUCUCCGGCAGAUGCAAGAAUACAAGAGAGAAAAGAACACGCUGGAGGGUCAAGUAAAAGAGAUGCGCAAAAAGGCUCGAUAUCACGACGAUCAUCUCCGUGUCAUUGACUCGUGGUUCCAACAGGUCAUUGACGAGGUCAGAGUCAUUGCCAAAGGGGACGACGAUGUGGACAUGGAUGCCGAAUCAUUGCCCUCUUCCUUGCUCUUCGCGGACCAAGACCAGUUUGAAGAACAUCUCCGCAGCCGCUCAAGGCAAAUCAAAACAGUUAUAUCAAGGUUAUUUGGCUCUACCAGACCCUCCUCUCCCGAUGUAGCAGAGUUACAAUCGCAGAUAGCAAAGUUACUCGCCGCCGAAAAGGGUCACGUGGCUGAGCUCCAAAAAUUACAGUCGGAAAAGGAGGAGCUCGAGCAUCAGCUAGAGAAUGCCUCUCUCCGUUAUAUGACCGCUGAGCGCAAAAUUGACAGAGCGAAAAGUGUAACUGUUGCCAAGCUCGAAAAACAGGCGCUUUUAGGCGCAACAAAACCCUCAGAAGAUGGCGGCUCUGUCAAGCGGGAAGACAGUCAAGUCAAUGGCACCUCCGACAACUCCGAAGAGCUGGCCGAUCUGGAACAACAGUUGAACAAGGCUGCAGCCGUUUCGGAAAAGCAGAAAGAGCAACUCGAGAAGUUGGAAGAGGAGAAUGCGGCAUUGACGAAGCAGUUGACCGAAUUGCAAGCGAAGUCGGUAGUUUUAACAGAUGAAGACUAUGCAAAAACGGAACUGUUCAAGCAGUUGAAGUCACAGCAUGAGGACGUCAUUAAAAGAAUCAACAACCUUGAGGCCGCCAAUACCGAGUUGGGGGAAGAAGCUACAAAAUUGCGGUCGGAGAGGACAACAUAUCAGCUUCAGCUGGAGAAUGAGCAGCGAGCGGCCAUUGCCGAGAAAGAUUCCCUACUGGCGGCAUCGGAGGCUAAUCUGGCGCGGAUACGGCACAAUCGAGACGAAUUGCUAGCAGAUCAGGCGGUGAAACAGUCCUCGCUCGACCAGAAUCAUGAGGCUGUCAAGAAGAUCACAGAACUGGCCUCCGCCCAAGAGGAUCGCAUUCGAGCAUUGGAAUCCGAAACUGAGCGGCUGACUGCUCAGUCAGGUGGUAUGGCUGUGGACAAUGCGCUAUUGGAUGCCCUAAGCCUUGAAGAUCUGCGGGCCAGGUAUCAUGAACUCGAUCGAAAGUACAACAUCUUGAAUGGGGAACUGGCGUCUAUGUCCACGGCAUUUCAAAAGACCUCGAAGAUCGCAAGCCAGAAAAUCUCGGAGUUCGCCGCUAUGGAGGACAAAGUCCUGAAGCUCUCGAUGGAUAAGACCAAAGCUGAUCAAAAAUUCUUUGCCGCCAUGAAGAGCAAGGAGACCCAAGCCGGGGAAAUUCGGACAUUGCGGCUACACAACGCUAAGUCUUCAGAAGUGAUUUCAGCCUUGAAGGAGGCAGAAGCCUCCGCGCGCGCCCUACUGGCUACGCUGGAAAAGCAAGUAUCUGAGAUGAAAGACGCGUUAAGCCACAAAACAAACGACCAUCGAGCUAUUCAACAGCAAAAUAUCACUCAUACCCUGGAAAUCGCUCGUCUCAACACCCAAGUCACCGAACUGAAAAAUCAAUCCACCGCCAAAGAUGCGAAAUUAUCGUCUACCUCUUCCGCCUGCCGCGUGGCCGAACUUGAAGUGGAGGAACUCAAGUCCACGCUGAAAGACACGCGCCGCCAGCUGGAAAGCUGGAAAUCCAAAUCCGGUCAGUCAGAGCAGUAUGAAAUGCUGAGGACGAUCGCCUACUGCAACGUCUGCAAGCGAAACUUGAAAAAUACCGUCAUCAAAACUUGUGGCCAUACAUUCUGCGAGGAUUGCGUGGCGGAGAGAUUGACGUUGAGGGCAAGGAAGUGUCCGAAUUGCAACAGGGCGUUUGGCGCAAGUGAUCACAUGCGCAUUACGCUGUGA